AGGCGCGGAUCCUAGAGAGAGUCUAGGCUGUCAGGUUCCUGCCGCUUGCUCCUCAGGACCGGCCCGGGCCGGGGGUCUGGGCGUCCGAGUUUCCUCAGCUCUCGCCGGUCUUUCUCCACAGCCUCAUGAGGCCAGAGAUGGAAGAGACCGGGAAGCAGCCCGAGAAGGGCAGGAAGAGGAGGCGGGCUCGGGCGGCCCAGGCCAUGAGAACCCGAUGGCGUCUUCAGGAGAGGCUGCCCGAGACCAAGAAAGCCUGCUUAUCUACCAUUUUAUUUGCUGAAAACUGUGAAGUAACCCAUGGCCAGCUAUGUGAAUUACUGAAGUGAGUUCUGGGCAAAUCCAGUGUUCCUAAACGCAGCUGGUGCCAGCUUUUUCACCACAACCACCUGAACAACCUGAACAAUGUGGUGGUUUUUGUUCUGCAGGGAAUGAGUCAACUGCACUUUUACAGGUUCUAUUUGGAGUUUGGAUUUCUCCGAAAGGCAUUUAGAUAUAAAUUCCGCUUGCCUCCUCCAUCUAAUUUUCUAGAUGAUAUCAUUGGGUUGCAAAAGAAACAAACAACUGGAGAUCUGCCCAAGGCACUGGAAGGGUCUUUAUCUUCUGCUGGCUCAAAAGCCAGCAUCAACCUGCAGAAUGACCCCAUCAUACAAAAGUAUGGCUGUAAGAAAGUGGGCUUGACCAGAUGCCUUCUGACAAAGGAGGAAAUGAAAACAUUUCACUUUCCAUUACAAGGUUUCCCUGACUGUGAAAACUUUAUACUUACCAAGUGUCAUGGUCCUAUAACAGACAACAGUCCUCUCUUUGGACUUGACUGUGAAAUGUGCCUCACAUCCAGGGGGAGAGAACUAACACAUAUCACACUGGUUGCUGAAGGAGGCUGCUGUGUUAUGGACGAACUGAUCAAACCUGAAAACAAGAUUCUGGACUACCUCACCAGCUUUUCGGGAAUCACUAAGAAGAUUCUUAACCCAGUGACGACCAAACUCAAAGAUGUACAGAGGCAGUUAAAAGGACUGCUUCCUCCUGAUGCUGUGUUAGUGGGUCACUCCUUAGACUUGGAUCUCAGAGCAUUGAAAAUGAUACAUCCAUAUGUUAUUGAUACAUCAUUCCUUUAUGUCAGAAAGCAGGGCAGAAGAUUUAAGCUAAAGUUCUUAGCCAAAGCUAUUUUAGGGAAGGAUAUACAACAGUAUCCAGACAGGCUUGGUCAUGAUGCCACAGAAGAUGCUAGAACAACCCUUGAAUUGGCUCAGUAUUUCCUUAAGUAUGGCCCAAAGAAGAUUGCAGAAUUAAAUCUGGAGGCACUAGCUAGUCACCAAGAACUUCAAGCAGCAGACCAAGAGCUAAGAAAUACAACAGAAGUAGUUCAGCCCCCAAACACAAGUAUUUUAGAAUGCCUGGACUCAACGGGUCAGAAGCUCCUUUUCUUGACCCGGGAGACAGACAGUAGUCAACUUUCUUCUUCCAGAAACUGUCAAACUAUUAAGUGCCUUUCAAAUAAAGAGAUUCUUGAGCAGGCUAGAGUGGAAACCCCCCUGUUUCCCUUCAGCAUUGUCCAGUUCUCUUUUGAUCCCUUUUCACCCAUGCUCACUGAGGAGAUGAAUAAAAGGAUGAGGGUGAAGUGGGCAGAAAUAUCAAUUGUCUAUGCUGGGCCAUUUAGCAAAAAUUGUAACCUUGGGGCUCUGAAGAGGCUGUUUAAAAGCUUUGGCUCAGUUCGGUCAAUAACUCUUGUUCUUGAAACCCAUCAGCCUCAUCUCUGUAUACAGUAUGAAGUCCUGGAAGCUGUGCAGCUGGCCAUAGAGUCCAUGGAAAGCAUUCUGGUAGAAGGUACCUGCAUCAAGGUGCGGAGGCCUGUGACAGAGCUCACCCUUGAUUGUGACACCCUCGUGAAUGAGCUGGAACAAGAGUCUGAGAACCGUACUAUUUACCUGUAUGGAGUGGGCGAAACCUUCAAAGAACAACUAUUGCAGCAGUCCAACCUCUUCCCUGGCCUGGAAGCUGUGAUCUUGCCUAAAGAUCUUAAAAAUGGGAAGCAGAAAAAAUACUGUUUCCUGAAAUUCAAAACUUUCGGCAUUGCCCAGAGGGCCCUCAACAUUCUCACAGGCAAAGAGUGGAAGCUAAAAGGCAGGCAGGCCCUAACCCCCAGGCACCUGCAUGCAUGGCUCAGAGGCUUACCGCCUGAAUCAAGACAACCCACAGAACUUCGUGUCACUCCUCCUCCCUCAGAGCAGGAGUUGUUGCAGACUCUGAAGGUGGACCACCCAAAGGUAGCAGCCUGGCGCUGGGGCCGGAAAAUUGGAAACCUCUACUACAGCCUGUGCCCAGGCACCCUGUGCUUUGUCCUGCUGCCAGGAACUAAGAGCACUAAUGGAUCGCUCUCUGGUCUAGGACUGAUGGGAAUAAAAGAUGAAGAGGAAAACACCUCCCCAGGCAUGUGUUUGUGAGUCUGCCCACCACCUUCU